GGCUCAGUGUUCUCACUGUGCCUAGUAUGAGUUGGCUCCUCUAGUGGGUAAGUCAAGCCCAAACCAGCAUUCGUAAUCGUGGGGGAGAGACAGUUUUUUUCGUGAUGGACUAACAAAUCACCAACUUGUGCCCCCCCGAAGUGCCCCUUCUCUACCAUGCCCUCUCAGUCGCUUAGAACUCGACCAGUUUACAGUUGACCCUAGGCUGACACUCUAAGUUCGUUGUGUUCCUGAAUAGCGUUCUGGUUUAUAAGGGGGUACGAUCGAUGUGCGUCAGUUAAUCAGUGGUGGUUUCGGGAAAUUAACGGAAAAAACAGAAGACAAACGGACUUUCUCUCGUUCAUUCAAAACCGCCCCCUUUGGAGAACACGACGUUUUUGAUCAGUCAUACACCACCAGCGCCAGUUGAAGUCCGUCGACAAGAACAUACCAACAGAAAAGGAAAUUCCAUUUCAACUCAUCAUAAUCGAGUGAAGGCGAAGCACCUCAUCACAACGGGACCACAACACACAUGAUCUGAAAGAACGAGCGACAUCAAAUUCGUAGAUUGUUCAGUUCUGCUCUAUCCCCUCAAUAUAGGCUAUACCAAUCACAGCUCUAGCAAUUACUUUGAUGACAAAUAAUCAAAACUGAAGUAUAAAAUCUUUUCUGAAAAGAAUCCUCAACUUAGCAUUGUCUUGCAUAUAGGCCUAAAAGCCUGAUAGAACCGUAAGGGAAAAUUCUACCUCGCCAAUAAUAAACACAUCACAUAAUACCUUUGUAUAAAAUUGUAGUCUAGGCCACCAGGUGGCUCUGCCUAGUACCACUACCACUACUACUACUACUACGGGAACUUCCCCUUGAAGGACUUUCACCCCUCAAACACCACCAUAACUACAGACGAGGAGACCUCGCAACCUCCUCUAAUCAACAUGGAAGGAGACGAGAAGAACAAGACCAAAGCAGCAGGAGGCGGUGACGGAGGAGGAGGAGGAGGAGGAGGAGGAGGAGGUGGAGGUGGAGGUGGCGGCGGCGGCGGCGGUGGUGGCAUGGAGAUGACCCAGUACGGACUCAACGGAACGUCACCUCAGACGCCCAACGACGCAGCUCAACUUGCCGCCGACAUGGAGGAGACGGCUCUCAGAGGAACCUGGAGCAACCACUUGGACUUCCUCCUUUCGCUCGUCGGUAAUGCCAUCGGAAUAGGGAACGUCUGGAGGUUCCCCUACCUCUGCUACAAGAAUGGUGGAGGUGCUUUCCUCAUCCCAUACCUCCUGACGGUGUUCUGUGCAGGCGUCCCCACCUUCAUGUUAGAAGUGUCCAUGGGACAGUUUCUGGGUACGGGCGGUCUCACAGUAUGGAAAAUCACGCCUAUUUUCAAAGGAGUCGGAUACGGCGCUGCUGUUAUGUCAGUCUGGUUGAAUAUCUACUACAUCAUCGUACUUUGUUGGGCUUUGUUCUACUUCUUCCAGUCUCUCACUUCCGAGUUGCCCUGGGGCUCCUGCAAUAACUGGUGGAAUACGGAAACCUGCGUGAAUCCCUACGCCAGGAAAGACCUCGACUGCUGGGAGGACAAGUACAACUCGACCUCAAACCUAACUAGCACCUUCUGUAACCUCCAGAACGCCAGCCGUGUCAACGUCGCCAAUCUCACCGAUCCCGUCAAGGAGUUCUGGGAAAACCGGGCCCUCCAGAUUUCGGAAGGCAUUGAUCACCCGGGACCCAUCAGGUGGGAGUUAGCUCUCACUCUGCUGCUAGCCUGGAUCCUCUGCUACUUCUGUAUCUGGAAAGGCGUCAAAUGGACUGGAAAGGUUGUGUACUUCACUGCGUUGUUCCCUUACCUGCUCAUGUUCAUCCUGUUCAUCCGAGGAGUGACCCUUCCAGGCGCCAUGACUGGAAUCCGCUAUUACCUCAUUCCUGACAUCAAUAAGCUGAAGGACAUCACGGUGUGGGUGGAGGCUGUGUCGCAGGUGUUCUGGUCCUACGCUUUGGUGUUGGGUUCUCUCAUCGCUCUUGGAUCCUAUAACAAGUUCGAUAACAACUGCUAUCGGGACUCGCUCAUCCUGUGUACUAUAAACUCCUGCACCUCCUUCUUCGCCGGAUUUGUCAUCUUCUCUGUGGUCGGUUUCAUGGCAGAGCAACAGCAGAAGAAUAUUGCUGACGUAGCCGCUUCAGGACCUGGCUUGGCGUUCUUGGCUUACCCGUCGGCUGUGUUACAGCUCCCGGUUUCUCCACUCUGGUCGUCGCUCUUCUUCCUUAUGUUCCUCAUGCUUGGGCUGGACUCCCAGUUCUGUACCAUAGAAGGCUUCAUCACAGCUGUGUCGGACGAGUGGCCCAAAUAUCUUCGCAAAUACAAAGAGAUUUUCAUAGCCAUCGUCUGCAUCCUGUCUUACCUCAUCGGCUUAUCCUGCGUCACUGAGGGUGGCAUGUACGUCUUUACGGUGCUGGACUCGUACGCGGCCUCCGGGAUGUGUCUCAUCUUCCUGAUCAUGUUCGAGAGCAUCGCCAUCGGCUGGGGUUACGGAGCCAACAAGUGGUACGACCACAUCAAGGAGAUGAUCGGCUACUACCCGUUCUUCUGGUGGAAGAUCUGCUGGAUGUUCACGACUCCCCUGAUCUGUUUCAGUGUGUUCAUAUUCAACGUCAUCAUGUGGUCUCCUCCAAAGUACGUAGACUACGAAUUCCCCGGCUGGACCCACUUCAUAGGAUGGCUGAUGGCUCUUUCCUCUAUGCUCUGCAUUCCUGGCUACGCUAUCUUCAAAUUCAUCACCACUCCUCACCCCGGCACUUGGAAGGAGAGAUUAAUAGCCAUCACACGGCCUGACAUUGACAUCAACACGAUGAAGAACAAGUACAAGAGCGCCCCCAUAGAAGCAACACCCGUCUAGAAGGCACACCCGCAACCUGCUAAAAGUCACCCGUAAUAGCAAUGCCCACGUAACCUCCCACGAAAAGCUCACACCCCAAGUCUCGAUCCUCCUCCACUUAAUAAUCAACACGCCAACUCCGGAUUCCAUGGAGACUUCGUCGUAAGCUUCUUCACCCAGACGAGACGCGGAUUAGAGCCAUAUCUCAGAGAAAUGCAAGGUGGCUCGAUGGUUGGCUCAGCCCCACUGCCAGACGAAGUACAGUAGACAAACACAAAGUUGUUCACAUGUGUUAGCUGAUGCAGAUCAGGUGGGGAUACUAUCUAUGGUCAACUAGCUGGGUCCCUUUUUGGAGAUUUUUCCUUUUUUUUUUGUUUUUUGUUUUUACUUUUAUUGCCAGAUCGAAUCACCCUGGGAUCAAUGGACCAAACCUGGCGAGCUGGUUGGUUGUUGGUACCUGUAGAAAGUCAUAAUAAUCUAACCAGUUAUCAAUUUUCAAUAGACAUAUCCUAAAGCGGUUGAAAAUUGAAGGCUUAUUUUGAGAUUUAGAGUAGAAUAUCCAUCAGUUGAUAAGAGAAAUGUGUACUGUAAUUUCUCUUCAAAACUAGGAGAAAGCUAAAACGAUAGAAGAGCUUUGAUCUUUCAUUUUGUAUCUAUGAUAAACUAGUCUUGUACAUUGUAUUGUAAUUGGAUAUGUGUUUCAUGCUGGUCAUUAUUUCUAUAAAAAAGUAAGCUAGCUGCAGCAUCCUGCGCCUAGCUUGAAAAAAAAUCUUUUAUGUAGCCUGACCUAUUAGCUGAUAAUUAUAAUCAACAUUUGAUAAAAAAAAAAAGAAUAGUCUUAACUUUUACAUAAGUUUAGAUGUGAAAUUUUCGGGAUCUCAUGUCUCUUCAUUGGCUCCGAGAAGGCCUUCAUUGGAACUACGUGCAUAUACCUAAUGGUGUUGUAUUAUACGUAAUACGAGAUUUCUAUGUGAUUACAUUCGUGAAGCGAACUUCCCUGUCUUGUACCCAUGUGAAUACUGCAGAGAAACACCUUUCAAGACUGAAAAUACCCCGGCACACCUUCCCCAAGAUAACCUUACCUCAGGAAAGGAGUGCCAAUACCAUUUUCUGAGUUUCGAGAAACUGCAGUAUCAUUCUGUUCAGUACUUGUAUCAUUCUCUGUUUUAACUGAUAAUACUGGAAAAAAGAGGUGCCAUAAUUAUAAGGAUUUCCCGCCUUGAACCAUUCGGGAAAGGUUAGGAAGAAUGGAAGGGAAUGACAGUCGUUUAAAUGUGGAUCAUGCUCGUCAUGAGUAUACGAGUCAUCUUGCUCUCUCUAUCAUAUAAGCCAUCGUUACUGCCACUUCGCAACUUGCAUUUAUUCGGUUUCCAAUUGCACAGGAGCCGUGUGCCAUUCCACGAGGGCCUGCAAAAUUCGUAGUAGUUCAUGCCACUCUCCCACACUUAUAGUACUUCACACUUACAGUACUACUACCCGGUCUUGCUGUCCGAAGAGGACAGCUCACAACCAAAAUUAGACACUCAUUGUUGAAGAUAAAUUGUUUAGAGAUUUAGCUGAAAUGAUUUUAAUGUACAUAUUAUUUUGUUGGAUAGAGAAACCAUCUAACAUUAUUGCCUCAUAUCUUUGUUGAUAGUUUUAAAACAUAUAUGCAGAAUAUUAUGCUCUGAUUGUUAUCUUAACCUUAUUUGGUGAGAUUUAUAGAUGUUUGUGAGUUUGAAAGAGUAGCCUUUUGUAUUAUGUAUAGAUAUAUGUUCUAUUAGACAUUAUAGUGUUUCAUUCAAAAUUAACAUUAAGAGUAAUUGGACACCUUAGAAUGCUAUAUUGUUCUCAACGAACAGUCUUCAGCCCAGAAACUUAAACCUUGAAUAUUCUUCCUCUUAAAGAACUUUCAAGUGCCAUUUUAUUUGGCUUGUCUUUUUCACUACAGCCUUGGACAGUUCAGCAGGAACAAUAAAUUCUGUGUAAUAUCAUAAAUCAUAUAAAUCAGAGUUUUACAGCAUUCUGAAAAGCAUUUUUUUUUUCAUUGACUGCUAUAAUGUUUCCUACUGAACGCUCUUACCUCAAGUGUGAGUCUUCGUUAAUUUCAAAAGCGUAACUUGCUCCAACACGACGCUCCAGUAUUUUUGGACAUCUGAGAACAGAGGACCAUCACACAUGGACGUAGGAAACGAGAAAGAGAAAUCUCAGAUUGAAAGGGCUUCCAUUUUAGUCUUCCAAAUGUAGGGUAUUUUCCUUUGUGACAUAUCGAACGGGCAUUUUGUCAGCAUGGGCAAAGAUUCUUCAGCCACGUCUUCUCAAAAAACAAAACCUCCUGCAGCGUAGAAUAGAAGUUUAUCCUUUGGGACCAAAAGGCAUUUAGCGCCGCAUGGGUCUUCCAAAUAAUAUACUAUAUACUAUUUAGAGAAAGAUGUCUGCCAUCUUUGAGAACCAACCUUUGUAUUGCUACUGCUAAUGCAGCUGAAAGGUUGCCUAGCUUGAUGAUAGCAAACUUAAGUGACAACAUUUUAUCAGAUACUGUUAAUGGUUCUCCUUCACUCUAGACGUGUCUUCCAUGUUGUUGAUCGUGUCUUCAUUUAGAAAACAUUAGACUGUAUGCGAGCAAUAACAUCGUGUUUUGCUGUUUGUUCCCUAUACAUAGACUUAAAAAAAAUAAUUGCUCUGUAAUUCCUUUAUUGUAAUAAAUUAGUCAAGAAAAUGACUACUUGUCUAUGAUUGUUUCUUAGGUAGCUGAAUUCCCUAGGUAUACUCUCUGAGUCACAGCGAGCUAUGACUUGGGUGGUCAGUCGAAGAAUUCGAACGCCCAAAGUUUUAGCCAAUGAGAACCUGUCAUUUUUGAAUUGUGGACAACAAGUGUAAGAGCAAGAACUGCCAACGAGGGGAUGGUGUCCUUGGAGCUUUGCAUGUCUCACCAUUCAGUCAUCCCUCCAGCCUUACAGAGCACGAGUAGGAGUGCGACUUGCCUUCCUCUAGCGCCGCCCCCCUGUAGUACUCAUGUAUGCCUACUUCUAAUUGGCUGAAACUGAUUCACCAUUUUGUAGAUUACAUAUCAGUACCAAAUGUAAAAAAAAAAAACUAUGUAAUGAGUGUAUGUAAUGCCAGUAAGUGGAAAUGUGUAUAUGUUAUAUGUUAGGAUAAUGUUUUGCACCGACUCGUUAAAACUACUAAGUAUCUAUUAUAUUGUAAGACUAGCGCUUAAGAAUGUCUCUUUCUUUAUUGUGAAUAUGUGAACUUCGUUGUAAGCUUCAAUGUUAGGCUAUGCAUGUGUACAGGAACAGUUAUGAGAUUUUCUUUUCGGUCCAAUGGAAUUGCGAUUGAUGUUGAAUCACACGCAUUACACAUAAUAACAUCAUAGUGAGUACAAAGUCGAGUGUGACCAACUUUUUGAGGAAUUUCAACCAGGGCAUUACAGACCUUGUGUUCCCGUUUCCCGAUUUCUUUCGCUUCCUCUUUAGGCUUCAUUUGGAUAAUACUACACUGAGACUUCUAGUAAAGCUAAAUUGAUAAAAGCCCCCCCCAUUGCCUUCCUUUUGGACUCCUCUUCUUUAAAUGUUGUAUAAAUAACUCUGUUAAAAUGCAGAUCGCGACUACAAGCUCAUCUUUAGUGUCUCAAGUGAGGUAAAUUAUUUUUGUAGCUGUUUGGCGCCUCUCUUAACAAAGUCAUUUGUACAUCUUAGGAAAUACCUUAUUCAUCCCUUCUUCUGUGGCUUUACCAGAUUUGAUUAAGUAAAAUGAUGAUGUAAUACUUAAUCUUUGAAAUAAAACCAUAAAAAACACAA